UCAGGGAGAGGGCGGAGUCAAGAGGCCGCGCAAGGUUUUCGCCGGUCAGAAGCCGGUUGGGCGCCUGAGGGGACGGUUGCAGAGAGUGGAGCUCUUCAGAAAGUUGACAUGGCAUCCGAUUCGCAGAACCCCCUGUCCGGCUAUCAGCCAGACGAAACCGAAGGCUCCAAGCUGAUGAGAAAAUCCCGGGAGUCUCCAUUCGUCCCGGUUGGCAUUGCAGGGUUUGCCGCGGUCGUGGCCUACGGGCUCUACAAGCUGAAGCACCGAGGGGACACCAAGAUGUCCGUCCACCUGAUCCACAUGCGAGUGGCGGCGCAGGGCUUCGUCGUUGGCGCCAUGACGUGUGGUGUGCUGUACUCCAUGUACCGGGAAUACUGGGCCAAGCCCAAGCCCUAGGAGGGUCUCCGUGGAAGCCCGCCGGUGCCGACGUUCUUAUGUACUCUAGAUUUAGGCCUCACACGGAAGCGGUGCUGCAAUGAAUACUUGGUACAUCUCACGCAUGGUCUCCACCCGUGUGCUGCCAGUGUUACCCUAGAUUAUUAUUUCUCUCUCGGUCUUGAGGAAGGCCGCCAAUUGAUGUUUUAACGAUCAAAACUCCUUUUUCACUGUACGGACGUGGCACGGGGCCGUUCGGUGGCGUUGAGGCACACAGACUCCACGCUCACGGGACUUGUGGUUGAGAUGCGGGAAAUUGGGAGUGAGGGAGACAGCCUUUCCGCCACUCUCGGUUCCUUCAAAUUCACAUAGAACAAAUACUCUGGAAUAUUUAAUAUUUGAGAGAUAAGCCUUAAAUAGAGCGGAUUAAACUAUAUUUUAAAGUCUUU